AUGGACGCAACCAUGGAAUUGGAUAAUUAUGAAACCGUCCUGGAGACCACGGAUGGCUCUGCUUUGAACGAGGGCUGGUACGUGUCAUACCCAAUGAGCUUCCAGGUUUCUCUGACCAGUUUCCUCAUGUUGGAGAUUGUCCUGGGCUUCAGCAGUAACCUCACUGUUCUCAUUCUGUACUGCAUCCAGUCGAACCUGGUGGAUUCUGUCAGCAACAUCGUGACCAUGAACCUCCACGUGCUGGACAUUAUCAUCUGCCUGGUGUGUGUCCCAUUCACCAUUGUCAUUGUUCUCAUUCCUCUGGAGAGAAACGUGGCUCUGAUCUGUUGCUUCCAUGAAGCCUGUGUCACCUUUACCAGUAUCGCCACCGCGGUCAACGUCCUGGUCAUCAGCCUGGACAGAUACGACAUUUCUGUCAAACCAGCCAAUCGUGUCCUGACACCCAGUCGGACAAUCCUCCUGUUGACCUCAGUCUGGAUCGUGUCACUGAUGGUGUUUUUCGUCCCUUUCAUUGAGGUGGAAUUUUUCAGGGACCCACUGCAUAGCACGGCCUGGCAAAACCGGACACUGCUCUGCGUCAGUGCCAAUGAGUACCACAAGGAGCUGGGCAUGUAUUACCACCUCUUCAUCCAGAUCCCCUGCUUCUUUGUGGCCGUCGUUGUCAUGUUGGUCACCUACACCAGGAUUCUCCAGGCCCUCAACAUCCGAAUUGGAUCCCACUUCACACGCAGUCAAAAGCGCAAACGCAAAAGCAAGAAGAGGAAGAUGAAGUCAGGAAGCUCCCUCAGCAGCCAGUACGAGACCAAGAGGCUGACUUCAGCUCCGGUCACUCCCAACCCUGUGCCGCUGGGUGUCCAGGCUUCUGUGUCAGUCAUUAUCGCCCUGCGUCGCGCUGUGAAACGCCAUCGUGACCGGCGCGAGCGGCAGAAACGCGUCUUCAGGAUGUCUCUGAUCAUCAUCUCCACCUUCCUUGUCUGCUGGGCCCCCAUUUCCAUUGUGAACCUUCUCAUUCUCUGCCUGGGGCCCAGUGAUUGGCUGGUGAAGCUCCGGAUCUGCUUCCUAGUCAUGGCUUAUGGCUCCACGAUCUCCCACCCACUCCUCUACGCCUUCACCAGGCAGAAACUCCGGAAAGUUCUCAAGAACAAAAUGAAGAAGCGGGUGGUGUCAGUUCUGCAGGUAGACCCCGCCCCAAGUGGGACAAUCAUACACAACUCCUGGGUCCAUCCCAGAAAGACACGCAAACUCAAGGUGGAGUGCAGUGAUGCCACUGACCGCUGCCUGACAGACGCAGCCAAAGAUUGA